CUUAAGCAGAAUCUCCAGGGAUAAAAUUUGGAAGCAAUACAAUAAAUAAAAUUUGGAAGAAUCUCCAGGGAUAAAAUUUGGCACAGAGUUCAGGGGAAGGAGUUGUGUGACAUUGUGAAGAAUUAUGGGAAAGAAUCCCUCAUACAGAAAAUUAUAUUUCCCACUGGAACAUACCAGAUUUAUACCAGCCUUCAUGAAAGCCAACAGAGAAACAAAGCGCCUUUUUGUGGGUGGCCUUAGUCAGGCCAUUUCUGAGAGAGACCUGCAGAAUCAAUUCAGCAGAUUUGGAGAAGUUUCUGACGUGGAGAUCAUCACACGGAAAGAUGACCAAGGAAACCCACAGAAAGUCUUUGCAUAUGUUAACAUAAGAGUCACAGAAGCAGACCUGAAAAAAUGUAUGUCUGUUUUAAAUAAAACAAAAUGGAAGGGUGGAACACUACAAAUUCAGCUAGCAAAAGAAAGCUUUUUGCACAGGUUGGCCGAAGAAAGAAAAGAAGCAAAAGUAAAGGAAGAAAAUUCAACAACAGGCAGCACCAACUUGGAAAAGAUGGGAGGAAUAGAUUUCCAUAUGAAAGCUGUGCCAGGGACAGAAGUACCAGGACAUAAAAAUUGGGUCGUGAGUAAAUUUGGACGAGUCUUACCUAUUCUUCAUCUUAAGAAUCAACAUAAACAUAAAAUCAUGAAAUAUGAUCCAUCAAAAUACUGCCACAACCUAAAGAAGAUAGGGGAGGAUUUCACAAAUACCAUUCCCAUAAGUAACCUUACUUGGGAAUUGGAAGGAGGCAAUGACCCUAUGAGUAAGAAACGUCGAGGAGAGUUCUCUGACUUUCAUGGCCCUCCCAAAAAGAUCAUAAAAGUGCAGAAGGGCGAGAGUUCCACUAGGUCCAAGGGUUCUUCUGUGAAUUCAAGGGUUAGUCAAGUAAUGGAGAAUAACAUAUCCAGACAGCAACAGGUUGCUCAGAAGGCAGCUUGUGAUUCCAUUACCACUUCUGAGUCACUGCCUGUGCCCAAUUCUGGUAUUCAAAAACCUGAUGUACUUUUUUGGACUUCUGACUUGGAAACUGCUUGGAACAGAAACAGCAUGUCUGAUGAUGGUAUUGACUCUGAAGAUAAGUUAAGAAUGAUGAUUGCAAAAGUGGAAAAUUUACAGAGAGGUAUGUGUUCGUCAAUAAAUGAAUCUGAAAAUGAUCCUUUUGAAGUUGUAAGGGGUGAUUUUAAAUCAGAUGUUCACAAACUUCAUUCAUUAACAAAUUUAAUGAUCAGUAAUGUCUCCCACCAUGUUAGUGCAAAUACUAUGGGAGAUGAUUAUGAAUAUGACUCAAGUGAUACAGAUGAAAUCAUUGCUAUGAAAAAAAACAUUGGUAAGGUCAGAAACGGUGCAGAAUUUUCACAGACAGAAAAAUCUACACGAAAGAAAACAUCUUUCAAAAAGAAAGAGCUUUCUGAUUGUUGUAUUAAAGUGCAAAAGAGAAAAAACAACAAAGAGUCAGCGUUCAGUCAUGGAUUGAAGCCUCUUAAUCAUAAAUCUCCAUCCAACUCUUGCAGCAGUCACAAUGAAGAAUCUGAGAGAGAUGAAGAAUAUAAAGCCAUGAUGAAAAAUUGCCCCCGUGUGAAUUUCACUUUAGCUGAAUUGGAACGGUUGGCUGGUAGUGAUCAGGAGGUUCCAGAAAAAGACUCUGAGUGUGGUGGCCCAGAGACCACCAGUCACUACAAGUUCAGCAGAGCCUCCAAGAGUCCCAAGACUCCCCGUGGCUUCUCCAGAGGCCAAUGGUGCAUUUGUCCUGAGGAGAUCUUGGCUUCUCUUUUAGAGGAAGAGAAUACUUACAGUAAUCAGAAACCAAAGGAAAACAACUUAAAACCAAAGUUCCAAGCAUUCAGAGGAGUGGGCUGUCUCUAUGGAAAGGAGUCAGUGAAAAACACCUUGAAAGAGAGUAUUACCUCUGAUAAUACUAAUGAAGGUCAGGGUUCCUUAAAAUAUGAGGAUCCCAAUAGCAUUCCCAUGAAAAGUGGAUCCCCAUAUGCUAAUGGCUUAUCAAGCAAACUGUCUUCAUACCAUCCUUCUAAGAAGUUGAACAUAAACCACAUUCAGCCUCAAAAAGGACAAUUUACUUUUGAGAACCAGGAUCACAAGGUAUUGUCCUCUAGCAAUUCAGAAAAGGGAAGUAAAAAUCCUAUUUCUUGUCAGUUGUCAUUAAAAGGUAAGAAAUCCUUAAGUCUGAUUGCAAAGACUCACAAGAUAGGGUCUGACAAAGACACUUGCCAUAGUGCCAAAAAAAUUGAAGGAGCUUCUGAGGAAAAGGGGUCUGAUGUCAACAGCCUCACAUCUCUUGAGAUACCACCAAAGGUUUCUCCCAAGAAAGACACUCAGAAAAGCACAGCUGAUUUCUCACUUUCUCUUAGUAAUUCGUCAGAUGUGACUGCUAAGGAUAAACAAGCUGAAGACAAUCAGAAGCGUUUGGCAGCCUUGGAGGCAAGGCAGAAAGUCAAAGAAGUGCAGAAGAAGCUGGUGCACAACGCACUGGCAAAUUUGGACGGUCACCCAGAGAACAAGCCCACACACAUCAUCUUUGAUUCUGAUGGUGCAAGUGAAAUGGAUGAACCAUCCCCUCAGAUGCAAAGCCAUCCAAGAAAGGAGCUGGUGAAAGAGUCCUUGGGUAAAUCACCUGGGAAGCUGUUUGACAGCAGCGAUGAUGGAGAAUCUGAUUCUGAGAAUGACAGUGACAGGUUCAAAAUUAAACCUCACUUUGAGGGCAGAGCUGGACAGAAGCUCAUGGAUUUACAGUCACACUUUGGCAGCGAUGACAGAUUCCGCAUGGACUCUCGAUUUCUAGAGAGUGACAGUGAAGAGGAACAGGAAGAGGUAAAUGAAAAGAAAACUGCUGAGGAAGAAGAGCUUGCUGCAGAAAAGAAGAAAACCCUGAAUGUUAUGCAAAGUAUUUUGAAUAUCAGCUUCAACAACCCUAUGAACAAAGGAUCAGUAGUUGCUAAGAAAUUUAAGGACAUCAUACGUUAUGAUCCAACAAGGCAGGACCAUGCCACUUAUGAAAGAAAAAAAGAUGAUAAACCGAAAGAAAGUAAAGCAAAACGAAAGAAGAAAAGGGAGGAAGCUGAGAAGCUGCCUGAGGUGUCUAAAGAAAUAUAUUAUGACAUUGCUAUGGACUUGAAAGAAAUAUUCCAAACUACGAAAGACAUCAGUGAAAAGGAAGAAGACACACUCUGGAAUGAGGACUGUGGUGGAGAGAAAAAGGAAGCCAUCCGUGAAGGUGCAGCUCUGAUGAGUGGGCCCGUGCAGCCCAGUGGGUUCACAUUCUCCUUCUUCGAGUCAGACACUAAAGAUGUAAAGGAAGAGACCUACAGAGUUGAAGCAGUGAAACCUGGGAAGAUUGCCUGGCAGGGAGACCCUCGAUUCCAAGACAGCAGUGCAGAAGAGGAAGAUGCAACUGAAGAAGAGGAUCACAGAAAGCACAGCCAUGGAGAAGAAACAUUUCCUGUGAAAGAGCACACUAGAUUUUUCUUUUUUUCCAAGAAUGAUGAAAGACUUCAUGGUUCUGACUUAUUCUGGAGAGGUGUGGAAAGUAACAUUAACAAGUCUUCUUGGGAGGCCCGAACAAACAGCCUGCUUAUGGAUUGUCGAAAGAAGCAUAAAGAAGCCAAAAGGAAAGUAAAACCAAAAUAA